AUGUCUUCAAAUUCAAUCCUUGAUAGUUACCAAUGCAAUUUUUGUAAAGAACACUACCCCAGUCUGAAAAAGACCAAAAAUUGUAGAGUUCAAUGCUUUAAGAACCGUCAUAGAAGACACAAUCAUAUCCAGACUUCUCAGAUCAUGCAUGUUCCUGAACAAGUCAGCAUUGUUUUGAACACUGUUUCAAACAACUCCAUUGCCAGGGAAAACAAUACAUCAAAUGAUGACCAAACUGUAAAUUCCUUCAAUAAAAGUGAUAAAAAUGAAUCCAUGAUAAGUAUUGAAUAUGAUAAUAUCAUCGAAGAAUCAGUUGCAAUAAAAGAUAUCAAAGGUGUAGCUACGUCUAUGGUAUAUGACUUCAGUCAACCUCUUCCUACUCCCAGUUACGAUGAUGCAAAGAAUCUCGAAUUCAUCCAAAUCAUCAAAGACUUUGGCAUCUCUUGCAAAGCACAUAAAAAAAUUACUAGUCAUUUCAAUGAAAUUCUUGGCACCUCAGCAGAUAUCACAUAUAGAGCGUGCACACUCUAUCUUGGCAAAGAGCUGUUGAAGCAUUUCUCAAGAAUAGAAAAGAAGAAAUACGACGUCUGCUGCAAUGGCUGCAUGUUGUUCAACAAUGAGCAUGAGACCAAAUGCUCAAACUGUAGCGAAGAUCGCUACAAGAGCACUGACAACAAUAAUACAUUGGUUCAUGCAAGAACCAUGGUCCAACUUCCUUUGGGCAGACAACUUGCUCUCUGUUUGGCCAACAAUAGCACUAGAACAGAGAUGCUCUACUAUCACCACCACGAGCCAAGUCAGGACGGCACAAAGUCUGAUGUGUUCAAUAGCCAAGCAUAUCAGUCAAGGAAGCAUAUCUUCUCGGGAAGAGAUGAUAUUGCUAUUUUGCUGUCAGUAGAUGAGUUUGCUCCCCAUAAGGUUUCUGAUUUGUCCGAAAGAAUGGUGGUCAAAACAUCUACAGAGACCUUCAAGGCCAAGGUCCACGUGCUAAUGGCAAUGGGUGAUAUCCCAGCUCUGGUGAAGCUAGCAUGUCAUGUUGGCCACAUGAGCAAAGAUGGCUGCAGAAUCUGCCAUGUUGUUGGCCAAUCUCCUGGCCAUGGUCAGUAUUUCCGUAUGUCACCAGCCACUGCCAUACGUACACUGGGUAGCUUCUGUGGUUUCUGUGAGGCAGACGAGUCCAGCAGAAGAGGACUUACAGGGCAAUCACCAAUGGCAACAUUAAAUGCAUACUCCGGGCCAUAUUUCUUUGCCUUGAAUGAAAUGCAUGGUAUCUGCCAUGGUGUGGCAAAACAGAUCUGGGGGCUUGUCACUGGCAAGUACAGAAAAAAAUAUCCGCUUGUUCUCUCUGUUGGAGUUCAGAAAGAUAUAGGUGCAGCAAUGACAUUAACAAAGAAAAUGAUCCCUACAUCGUUUCAUGGUGCUUGGAGAGACGUAUCAAAGAAUGCAGGAUACUUUAAGGCAGCAUUGCUUGGCCUUGUACAAGUGUGCAAUUUACUCAUGAGCUGGGAGUUAUCAGCAGAGGAACAAGCCUCAAUAAAAAGAGAACUUGUUAAAUGGAAUGUGUAUCUUGAGACUCUGCUUGCCGAGGACAAGGUCGAUCUUAAGGUUUUCACCAUUAACCAGCACCUCUUACAACACUACCUGGAUAUGACCGAAGCAUUUGGCCUGCCAAGAUCAUACAGUGCUAGAUUAGUAGAAAAAGCAAUUGGCAAGUACUCUAAUGCCAUUGAGAGUAACUCUGCCAUCAGAAUCAACACUGGCAAUAUCAUGCUUGGCUUGGCACAGACCAGACAGGGGGAAAAGUGUAGCACGAUUGAAGCAGUUAUACAAACUUGCCGCAAGGCAUUUGUCAAUGGUUGUGUGAUUGACUCUGCACUCAACCAAAAUUGUGUAAGAAAGGCACAUAAUAUCAGAUUACACUAUGGUGGAGAAAAUGGUAACAUGUUACCACUUUGGUAA